AUGGAGUACUUGAAUAGAAGCUUGCAAUCUAAUGCCAAGUCCUCCUCUUUUCGGUUUCACCCGAUGUGUAAGGACUUGAAGUUGAUAAAUCUUUGCUUCGCAGAUGAUGUUAUUUUAUUUUGUAAGGGAACUGUUGGGGCUGUUUCUGUUCUGAAAGACUCUCUAAAGAAAUUUAGUGAAGCUACUGGUUUGUCUAUCAAUUCAAAACAGUCCCAGGUUUAUUUUGGAGGAGUUGCAGCUGAAGUUAGGACUGAAAUUUUGCAGGGGUUGAACCUUUCAGCUGGAUCUUUCCCUUUGCACUAUCUUGGAGUGCCUUUGAGGCCUACUAAAUGGAAACACACGGACUGUGAACUUAUUAUCCAAAAGAUGCGAGUAAAGUUGUUUUCCUGGUCUAGUAAACACUUAUCCUAUGCAGGUCAUUUACUGCUCAUUCAAACUGUGUUGUCUGGUUUAAGGAAUUAUUGGAUGUCUAUUUUCACUUUGCCUCAAAGUAUAAUCAAGGAAGUGGAGAAGUUGUGUAGGCAGUUUCUUUGGGGGGCCUCGGGUACUCGUUGCAAGUUUCAUUUGGCAUCGUGGAACCAAGUUUGCUUGCCUAAGGUCUAUGGUGGUCUUGGUCUUAGGGAUGGUACUAGCUGGAACAAGGCCCUUCUAGCCAGGUAUAUUUGGGCUGUUUCGACAAAACAAGACUCACUUUGGGUAAAAUGGAUUCAGCAUGUCUGCUUAAAAGGGGUGAACUUUUGGGAUUAUGUUUUGAAGCAUGACAGUAGUUGGUAUUGGCGCAAGCUAUGUCACCUCAGGAAUCGAUUCAAUGAAAAAUAA